AUGGCUGAUAUCUCACUGAUAUACCGCAUCUGCGAAACCAUCAUUGGCGUGCUAGGCGUCUUGGGGAAUGGCCUUAUCAUCACGGUUAUCUGGCGAGUCCCCUUCAUGCACACAUCUUCCAUAGCGAUUAUCUGCCAUCAAGCUAUCAUCGACUUUCUGGGCUCGCUGCUGCUGCUUCUGCAGCGGAACAUCCCCGUCCCCGCCCAGGUACCACAGACGUUCGGCGGUGAGCUGCUGUGCCGUGUGUGGAUCGGGGAUGUCACCCUCUUUCUGCUCUUCGUCGCAUCCACCUACAACCUCCUUGCCUUGACUCUGGGCAGGUACUUCAACAUCGUCCACCCCCUCCGCUUUCGGCUGAUGCAAUCCCGCAAGGGAGUGGCAGCAGUGAUAGUUAUCGUGUGGCUGCUUGCCCCGCUCAUCAAGACCUACUCCUUCCUCCACUACAGCGUCGUCGACGGCCAGUGUAACUUUCGACAACUCCCAGCCUCCAAGGUAAUGGGCCCGCUUAUCAUCUGCCUCCAAUUCUUCCUACCCAUGGUGAUUAUGCUUUACUGUUACAUACACAUGGCAGUGGCGCUGAAGCGUCAAGCAAAACUCAUCACCCUGAAAACAGACGACGUUGGCCAGGACAAUACAACAGCAGAGGUGGGUCGGGCGGCGCAAAUGCAUCAGCAGCAUCAGCUUCUCAAGGUGAGACGGGACAUUUUCGAAACUCUGGUCGUUGUCUUUGUGACAUUCGUUGUCUGUUGGGCUCCCAGCCAGGUCGCUUACUUCAUGUUCAACAUUGGUUUGCUCGAGUUGGACGUCAAGGGACCUGUUCAUAUCAUCUCAACCAUAAUGACGGCCUCCAACUGUUGCCUGAACCCGAUCAUCUAUUGUUUCAAGUACAAGCUUUUCCGCCGGGCGAUGCGCACGAUGAUUGGCCGUCCAGAUAACGAACAGUUUGAUGGUCUUAUCCAGACAGCAGCCACCAACACGACCCAGAACUACAACAUGCAAGAGCUCAAAAUGACAGUCAAUGAAUAA